UUAUGUUUAACGUUGUUAUUGUUAAUGUUGUUAACUUGUUAUGUUUGAAUUGUUUGGAACUUCGGUUUGGAUAAGUAACUAUUACUAUUAGCAUUGACUAUAUAUUAGCCCAUUCAUUUUAUGAGUUUUGACACUCAAGUCAAAAUGAGUUAACUAUUCAUCAUUAUUAUGUAAGCAAGCAACAGCAGAUAUCGCUCUCUGACAGAUAAGUGAACGGAUGUGUGAUGCGUAACAACAACAGCUAACUUUAAAUGUGGAAUUAACUUAGGCCUAACUUAAAUUGAGAUACAUCGUAUGAAAUGAAUAGUUCGAGGUCAACUAGGUCUUUCCUCUUGCAGCAUGCAAAACCAUCUCGGAUAAACACAUUUACAACUGUGGUGGUUCUGGGUGGGAUCAUCAUUGCGUUUCUGUUUGCCUACGCUGCAUUUGGAAAAGAUCCUGAGGGUAGGACGACACUUAGUCAUGUCAGCAUUAUAUUUCGCCAUGGAGAAAAGAAUCCGACAUCCUCUUACGCAAACGAUCCGUACAAGGAGUCAUUAUUUUGGCCAGAAGGAUGGGGCCAGCUGACCAAUCGUGGCAAGCGCCAGAUGUACCAGGUGGGGGAGUGGCUACGUAGACGCUACGGCAAUGCUCUGCCUCGCUACUCUCCACAGACUGUGCGAGUGGACAGCAGUGAUCACGACAGGUGUCACCAGAGUGCAGCUGUGUUGUUGGCAGCAUUGUUCCCUCCCUCUGCAGACCAGGUGUGGAACGAUCAGCUGUUGUGGCAGCCGAUACCCAUCCACUCCAGCCCUCUCAGUAUGGACAAAUUAAUCACAGUGAAGGCAAAAUGUCCCUUGUAUGAUAGGGAAAAACACAAAAGCGACAGUGAACUGUCUGCAAAGUACGACAAACAGAAUUCCGAACUGUACAAGUAUCUGACGGACAAAGCUGGCCAGAACAUUAGUUCUUUGCUGGAUGUUGAGUCACUAUUUAACAUACUUGAAAUUGAGAAGGAGACUGGUAAGCAGCUACCUGAAUGGACUGAGUCGGUGUAUCCGGAUAAGAUGAAAGACAUAGCUGCUCUUGUACUGGCAAGCUUCACUCACACUCCUCUCAUGAAGAGAAUCAAAGGAGGGCCUCUGAUUGGUGCAGUAGCAGGAAACAUGAAUGCAGUGUUUAACGGCACCAGCAAGCGCAAGGUCUCUCUGUACGCAGCACACGAUCUGACCAUUGUCAGUGUUCGGAGAGCACUGGGCUUUAAUGACAUUGCAUUUAAGCCUGGCUUGGGAGCCGCACUCAUCGUGGAACUUGAAGUGGUCAACAAUGUGCCUUUAGUUGAAGUGCACUACGCGCAGAGCUAUGCAGAUACUGAUUUGGAAAGGUGGGAACUGCCUGGUUGUCCUUCCCCAUGUAGUCUGAGCGCCUUUACCGAAGCUAUGUCUUCCGUCAUUCCCCAAGACUGGGAUUCUGAGUGCAACUUAGACCAGGCAUCAUCGUAGAACUACAAAGCAGCAACAAAGAACUACCAAGUAGAAUUGUAGUCUGUAGAAAUAAUUUUACCAGAACAUAGUUUGUUCCUUUUCAACUAUCUAUCUUGAAAGAAUCAAAAUCUAAACAGAUCAAAAUGGUCUGUUUGUUUACAUUUAGUAACAACAGUAGCAGUCUACAGUUGUACAAAACUCUCAUAUAAUUAUUAAUUCACAAAAAGCCAAACUUCUGUACAACUGAUCCAACACUAUAUGUAUGGUUUCCCAGUCAAAAUGAAAACAACAAUUAAAAUCCACUUUUAAGCCGUAAAACUGUUUAGAUAAUUGAUCAUCAAAGCUAUUGUUGAUCCUUAACUGCUUUGUAGUCAAAGACCUAUUUAGGGAGAUGAUAAAUCAAAAACCAAAUAUAACUACUACAACAGCAAGGGUCGGAGUUUUGUUCAGUUUAACAAUAUUACAGCUGUAUUAUAGUUUCAGUUUAUUUUGUGGACAUGUCAUUUAACUGCAAGUCAAUUCUCAGAUCUAGAAGAUUGAGUUUUUACUAAAUUAUAUUGAUUUAUUUCAUCCCUCUGUAGAAAGUUUAUGAAUCAGUUGUUACAAAUUAAUGUGUAAGUGUUGGAAGAAAAGGAAAAGGAGUGAUGAAGGAGGGGGUAAUGUUUAAUUUUAUACCUACCCAUUUUUUAAUCUAAAUGCUUAAUUCAGUUCACUGCAUGACUCAUUUAAAUUUCUUGCACCUUGCAAUUAUAAACAAAUGUAUACUAUGUAAUGUGAUAAAUUUAGAUUUAUGUAUACAAAUAUUGCAUUUAAUCUUAUUAUAGUAUUGUCUUUAAAUUAUUUUAUUGUUAAUUUAGCUCAAGUUUCUUUUUUGAUGCUAUAUACGAUUUGUUAGUUGAGCAUAAAAUAAAUAAGAAAUGUUAUAACUAUAUUCCGAUGCCAUUUAGCUUUAGAAAUAACUAUGCGUUUCCUAUAAGUAAUCCGUCCGUGAGUUAAAAAACUUAUUUCAGUGAGUCGUUAGUACUGUACGACAAUAUGUUUCAUCACUGAACCGUUUCAAGUAUAUCUGUGCCACUUUUAUUUAAUGCACAUUUUUCAGUGAUCAAAUAUGUAGCCAAAGUGCAAUACAAAUUUAUCGUUUACUAGGUACUGGUAUUGGGUUUUUUGCAAAAGAGAAUUUAGUAUCAAGAUUAAACAUCACAAAUCUUUGCAAAACUACGUCAAAUUAUUUUAGUAAUUUUCUGAAGACCUGGGGUCAGUUAGGCCUAAAUAGACUAGAUAAGAAAAUCACAACGAUUCUGAAAAGAGAAAACCUUGAGUUAGAAAAGAAUUUAGAUUUCGUAACAAUUCGUAAAAAGUGUUAAAACAUCAUCAGUACCUAAUUUGUUUGAAAAAAGUAUACGAAAAAAAAGCCAGCCUGUGAUUUUGUUGUUAAAAAUAAUAUAGUUCAAAGUGGAACAAAUUAAGGAGUUGUAACAGAGAUUUAGUUGUUUUGUUAUCAAAUUAAACAUAACAGGUAGGUAACAUUUCUGUAAUUCUUUUUUGGAAUUUUUGUAUUGUAAAAUAUAUAUAGAAAUCUCUUGUUGUAUUUAGUUUAUAGCUUUGUUAAUGAUUUAAAGGUUUGUUUUAAAACAUCGCCAUUUGUAAUUUGGCACUGCCUAAAGUACAUAGAAUUCAUAAUUAAUUCUUACAAAACAUGAAGUUAUCUUGGACCAAAGAGAAUUAAGUAAUUUGAAUUACGUCAACAAUAUCCUAUGUAUUAAAACAAAUGUUUAAUUUGAUAAGUUGAAUACAUGUUGUGUACUAGUUAUAAAUUAGAUAUAUAUUUUUAAUAUGUAUAUUUAUUGUUACAAAAUAUAC